AAUUAUAAUGGGUGAAAACCUCGAAGAUAUUCGCCCCCAAUUCGGAAAUAGAUUUCUAAUUAACGAAGAAGAUGUUUUCCAACAUAACGCAUGGUACGAAAAUGAUAUUUACAAAAUUUCGAAAUUGCCACACUCAAUUCAGAAAAAAACCUAGGUUAGGUUCCAGGUUUUUAACGGAUUUAAAUAAGAUUUAUCAAUUUAACGCUUGGGAUAACGUUGAAUGGGACGAAAAUCAAGAAUUAGAAGCCAAACGAAAAGUCGAAUUAAACGGAGUAAUAAAGUUAUCAAAAGACGAUAUUGCAAAGCAUGAAAAUGAGGCGGACAAAUUUUGGGAUUCUUUUUAUUCGGUGCAUUCGAAUCGGUUCUUUAAGGAUCGACAUUGGUUGAUGACGGAGUUUCCCGAGCUUGGUGAUACUGACGAAGGGUUAGAUAAGGUGUUUUUCGAGUUGGGGUGUGGCGUUGGAAACACGGUUUUUCCGAUACUUCGAUAUUCAAAGGGAAAAAAGCUUCUUAUGCAUUGUUGCGAUUUUUCCGAGACUGCAAUUAAUAUUUUGAAAGAAAAUCCGGAGUAUGACCCAUCUCGGUGUAAUCCUUUUGUGUUCGAUGCAACAGAAGAAAAGUGGGAAAUGCCGUUUGAAGAGAAUAGUGUUGAUGUUGUUAUAAUGAUUUUUGUUCUAUCAGCAAUUAAACCCGAGAAGUUUGGGAAUAUCAUUAAAGAGAUUUAUCGUUACUUAAAACCUGGGGGAUUAGUUUUAUUUAGGGAUUAUGGAAGAUAUGAUUUGGCUCAAUUACGAUUUAAGCAAGGGAGGUGUAUCGGGGAUAAUUUUUAUGUGCGAGGGGAUGGAACGAUGGUUUAUUUCUUCGAUGCGGGUGAGAUUAAAAGUAUGUUUGAAAAUGAAGGAUUCGAGGAGGUACAAAACCACGUUGAUAGGCGGUUACAAGUUAAUCGGGGUAAAUUUAUGAAAAUGUAUCGAAUUUGGAUUCAGGGGAAGUAUCGGAAGAAAAUUAAUUAAUUAAUUUGUAUUAAUAAAAUGUUUUUAUCAACACAUAUAAUACAAAAUAUACAUGGAUUCAAUUUAAGUGCUGAAAACGUCA